UCCCGGAAGGGACAUCCCAGGGCCAAACACAACUGUUUCCCCCCCUCUGAGACUGUCCUCCGGUGGAUUAUGCCACAACAUUGAUAUCAAAUUGAAAUACAUUUAAGGACAAUGACCCAACACACCUUCAGGCUGUGUAAGGGCUAUUUGACCAAGAAGGAGAGUCAAUGCUGCAUCAGAUGACCUGGCUUCCACAAUCACCCGACCUCAAUCCAAUUGAUGUUUGGGAUGAAUUUGACCGCAGAGUGAGGGGAAAAGGAGCCAACAAGUGCUCAGCAUAUGUGGAAACUCCUCCAAGACUGUUGGAAAAGCAUUCCAGCCCCCCCCCCAUCUAUAACCCAGCUCUUGGAGACAGGCCUUGUGGCCAUGGCGAAAGACCCGUUGGGUGAAGCUGGUCUUCAUUUUGAUGAACUCAACAAGCUGCGGGUGCUGGAACCAGAGGUGGACCAGAAGACCAGGGAGCUCAAAGAGGAGUGUGACGACUUUGUUGACAAAAUCGGCCAGUUUCAGAAGAUAGUGGGUGGUCUCAUCGAGCUGGUGGAUGAAUUGGCUAAAGAGGCAGAGAUGGAAAAGAUGAAGGCUAUUGGAGCCAGGAACCUGUUGAAGUCUGUGGCCAAGCAGAGGGAGGCCCAGCAACAGCAGCUCCAGGCCCUGAUAGCAGAGAAGAAGAUGCAGCUGGAGAGGUAUCGCAUUGAGUACGAAGCUCUCUCCAAAGUGGAGGCUGAGCAGAAUGAGUUUAUCGAACAGUUCAUUCUGCAGAAAUAAGGCCCGACGUGUGUGUUCGUGUGUUAGUGACCAUGUUUCCAGGGUGCCCGUAUUGUUUUCUAUGGGUGAUAACCACUACACUGUGGGUUAACGGGAAUCACUCAUCUGAACACAACCUCUCUUACACUUCACAAGCAAUCCAAAACUGUUCCAACUAAAACACGGGUUUGGCCCAGACACCAACAGACAGACUACAUGCAAAAUUAGAAGAAACUUUAUAACACCAUCAAAUGUCCCUCACGAGCAGGUGUCUAAGUGACAAUCCCCCCUAUUUUUAGCAUUUAAGUGUUGGAAUGCUUCAAUAUAGUUCAAACCUGAGGCUCUAUAGAUGUCACAACUUUCACAACACUACAGUAUGUCAGUCAACCAAAUGGGGUAGAAAGCUAUUUAUAUAUGAAGGAAUUUAUUUAUACUAUUUAAUACUGAAUAAUUACUCUGUAUAGAUUAGUUUUAUUACCUUUUUCUACAAGUGGAAAAACAAAAGUACAGUAUGUGCAUGUUACUGUACAUUUCAGGAUUUUGAAAACAAUUUUAUUUUUUUCUGUGUUGCCCCUCCCCCCCCUCCCCAUUUGUGUCUUAGUUCUGUUUUACAUCUAAGGUACGAAUAUGUUCAUGGUUUUAUCAUUUCACCUUUGUCUGUGGUACUACAGCAACACAUGUAUCCUCAGGUGGCUUAUUGGAGUUUCAGGCCAGUGUAUACAAACAAUUUUUAAAAGUAAUGUACAUUAUUUAUGUUUACAGUAAAUAUCAUCCUCCUCUGCAUUCAUCUUAUCCAUGUUAAAAGUUAGUAAACCAGCUUAGUGGACCAACUUCAUCAAAAGAUGAGAUAUAUACUUGAAAUAAAGGAUUUGCAUUUUGA